GUUGCUCUGAUGGCUUGGUCGUACCUUCGCUCGACGCCAAAGAUGACUGCCUCACUGUCAGCAACCAUUGCAAUGUGAUGCAGAGCAAGCAACACUCACGUCCAAUGUCGGUCUGCUUCAUCGCGGGAUGCUCCUCGGCAUAUUGACUUAUGCGCCUCCGAUCGCUGUCGGUCAAAGUCUUGCGAGGAGUGGAGCCCGACUUGGUGGACGUUGCCGAGACGGGAGUGUGGAGUGGACCAGCGGACUGAGGUUGGACUUGCUGCACGGGCGGUGCGACCAACGGCAUAUACGACGAUGCUGUACCUGGAUGCGACUGAUUGCUGAGCAUCGAGGGCCAUUGCGGCAUGAUCAACGGUUGAAGUUGCGGGUGCGCCAUGCGCUGGUGUUGAACGCUUGGUUGAAAUGAACUCGGCUCCAUGGGGAGCUGUUGGUGUUGCUGGUACUGAUGCGAUGGGUAAUGAUGCGCGGCGCCGCCGUCAAAGGUGAAGUUCGAAUACUCUUGCGCCGGGGUGCCGUGAUGCGAGCGGGGAUAGAUGGGUUGCUG